GUUCUACAUAAAUAUGAAAAUCGACCGUUGUAUAUUUGUAAAUAUUUUGUAUCUUAUAGUGGUUUCAUUAUUUUCUGUGUCGGCCGUACAAUUCAAUCGGACUUCAGAGGGUCACCAUCAAGGAUUACUUGCGGAAUGUCCAGGUUCCGAAAAACCAGUCUCCAUCAGCAGAAGAAGCCUCGAACGACUCCGAAUCGCAGUAAUCGGUCCUGGAAUCUUUCCUUUAUCCUGGUACACUAUGUACAACUACUACCAUAUCAAAAACCUUGUCAAGAACCCCAGCAUAGACUUCAAGAACAGGAAAACGGUAUUGUACGCUGGAGGAUAUUCGGAGCUGACAAAUUACGGGCCUGGGAGAUAUUUGGCGAGUCUCUACAAGGAAAUGGGGUAUAAUGCACUCGUACUGGAAACUUUUGAGUUCACUAUGCGAUAUUACCCUGAAGCGGCACGAGUUAUGCGAGGAGUAGGAAAACACACAGCCGAAAUGCUAGCACAGCUAACCAAGCAGGGUCUUAACCCGAAAAACCUAACCAUCCUCGGCCUCAGCCUAGGUGGCCAGACGAUGAGCUUCAUAGCCAAGAGUUACCAAGAGAUCACCGGAAAAAAUAUUUCCCUACUCAUCGGCUUGGACCCUGCUGGACCCUGUUACAGACAGUUGGGCCCUAAAUACAGACUAGACCCUUCUGACGCCGAUUUCGUCCUUACUGUCACUACAAAUAUGGACGGUCUUGGCAUUGCAGUCCCUGUUGGAACUGCCACGUUCUACGUCAACGGAGGAGAGUACCAACCAGGCCACAUUCCUUUAUUACCCUGUGGUGUCUUCUGCAGCCACUUAUGGUCUUUAAUCCUCUGGAUAUCAGCUUUGUAUAAUCCAGGAAUAUUCGUGGGAGUUAAGUGUGAGUCUGUGGAGCAGGCUAGGAAUGGUUUGUGCUAUAACAACACCCCAGUAAUAACGAAUAAUAUGGAUAUGACCGUGGAUGUAACUAAACCUGGUAUUUAUUAUGUGCCCACGACGAGUGGGCAUCCGUAUGGAAUAGGGAUGAAGGGUUUGAAGUUGUGGAUGAGAACCAAGGCGCGGUUAGAACGGCAGUCACGAAAAGACAAGCAUUAA